CAGACAUGCACACUGGGGCAGAGAAUCACAGGAACGGAACCAGGACAGGGAGGUGGAGGUUCCUGCACCCAGGCCCUGUGCUGCUCUUCCUGGGAGCCGGCAGUGUUGCCCGGCACGCCCACUGGCAAGAGAGACGGGACUGACCCACUUGUUCCCAUCAGCUUCUGAAGGUGACAUUGACCCCUUACCACCCAAGCAGGUGCCUGUGUGCUUGUUAGACAAAUACAACCAGGUUUGCCACCGCUUUAGGUCCAAAGUCUAGAGGUACAGAGAGCCAGGACCAAGAGACGAGCUGCUCACCAGGGAUGGACAAAUUGCCAGAGAUGUGGUGCAUUGUCCUGUUUUCCCUUUUGGCAUGGGUUUAUGCUGAGCCUACUAUGUACGGGGAGAUCCUGUCCCCCAACUAUCCUCAGGCAUACCCCAAUGAGGUAGAGAAGUCUUGGGAUAUAGAAGUUCCUGAAGGGUACGGGAUCCACCUUUACUUUACCCACCUGGACAUAGAGCUGUCCGAGAACUGCGCAUAUGACUCAGUGCAGAUAAUGUCAGGAGGCCUUGAAGAAGGGAAACUCUGUGGACAGAGGACCGGCAAGAAUCCCAACUCCCCAGUGGUGGAAGAGUUCCAACUCCCAUACAAUAAACUCCAGGUCAUCUUCAAGUCAGACUUCUCCAACGAAGAACGUUUCACUGGGUUUGCUGCGUACUAUGUUGCUGUAGAUGUAAAUGAGUGCACAGACUUUGCAGAUGCCCCUUGCAGCCACUUCUGCAACAACUUCAUUGGUGGUUACUUCUGCUCCUGCCCCCCAGAAUACUUCCUCCAUGAUGAUAUGAAGAAUUGCGGAGUCAACUGCAGUGGGAAUGUAUUCACCACACUGAUUGGGGAGCUCACAAGUCCCAAUUAUCCCAGUUUAUACCCAGAGAACUCAAGGUGUGACUAUCAGAUCCUGUUGGAGGAGGGGUUCCAAGUGGUGGUGACUAUGCAGAGAGAAGAUUUUGAUGUGGAACCAGCUGAUUCUGUGGGCCACUGCGCUGACAGUUUACUUUUUGUUGCAGGAAACCAGCAAUUUGGUCCUUACUGUGGUAAUGGAUUCCCUGGGCCACGAACUAUUGAAACCAAGAGUAAUGCUCUAAAUAUCAUCUUCCAAACUGAUGAAACAGAGCAAAAAAAGGGAUGGAAAUUUCGUUACCAUGGAGAUCCAAUCCCUUGUCCUAAAGAAGUCACUGCCAAUUCUUUCUGGGAGCCUGAUAGAGCAAAAUAUGUGUUCAAAGAUGUGGUGAAGAUAACCUGUGUGGAUGGGUUUGAAGUUGUACAGGGAAGUGUUGGCUCGACAUCUUUCUAUUCUACUUGCCAAAGCAAUGGAAAGUGGAGUAAUUCCAAACUGCGGUGUCAACCCGUGGACUGUGGCGCUCCUGAACCCAUUCAGCAUGGUAGAGUCGAAGAUCCGGAAAAUACUCUAUUUGGUUCUGUCACUCGCUACACUUGUGAGAAGCCAUAUUACUACAUGGAAAAUGAAAGAAGCGAGGAGUAUCGCUGCGUUGGCAACGGGAGCUGGGUGAAUGAGCUGCUGGGCGCAGAGCUGCCAAAAUGUGUUCCAGUCUGUGGCGUCCCUGGUGAGCCCUUUACAGAAAAACAGAGGAUAUUUGGAGGCUCCAUUGCAAAGAUUGAAAGUUUCCCCUGGCAAGUCUUCUUCUCGAACCCCCGGGCCGGCGGGGCUCUCAUUGAUGAGCACUGGGUGCUGACAGCUGCCCACACCGUGGAGGGAAACCGUGACCCAGUGAUGUACGUUGGAUCCACCUCAGUGGUCACCUCGCAACUGGCAAAUGCCCAGAUGCUCACCGCUGAGAAAGUGUUUAUUCAUCCCGGUUGGAAGGUCCUGGAUGCCUCGGAAAUACGGAAGAAUUUUGACAAUGACAUUGCGCUGGUGCGGCUGCAAGACCCAGUGAAAAUGGGACCCACUGUCUCCCCUAUCUGCCUGCCAGGCACCUCCUCAGAAUACAACCCCUCAGUGGGAGAUCUGGGGCUGAUCUCAGGCUGGGGCCGAACAAAUACCAAAGAUCAUGUUAUUAAGCUCAGAGGAGCAAAGUUACCCGUUGCUCCCUUAGCAAAGUGCCGGGAGGUGAAGGGGCUAAAUCCCGGAAUAGAUAUAAAUUCCUUUGUUUUCACUAAGAACAUGAUCUGUGCUGGAGGUGAGAAGGGUGUUGAUAGCUGCGAAGGGGACAGCGGUGGGGCCUUUGCUCUACAGGUCCCUAAUGAAGAGAACCCCAAAUUCUAUGUCGCUGGCUUGGUGUCCUGGGGCCCCCAGUGUGGUACCUAUGGGAUCUACACUCGCGUCAAGAACUACAUUGACUGGAUCAUGAAGACGAUGCAGGAAAAUAGUGCCCCCAGUGUAGGCUAACCAUACAGGUCCCACCAGCCUCUCUAAGGGCUGUGACCCAUCUGUUGCUUUCUGUUCCUCACAAUAAUCCCAUUAUUUCACCAUGACUGGGAGAAGACAUGGGAGUAUGAUUUAACUAGAACUUGAUUGUUGGGAUACCUGGUUGGAGGUGGGGUUUGAUCAUGUCGUUGUGUUGGUCAUUCAGUGUAGUUGGAAUUCCUGGGGUCCUCUGCCCUGAAUCUGUCCUGUGGACAACAAUGUGGGAAGGGACGCUUACCUUGUACUCUUCCACCGGGAGCCCUCUUUCCUGAUGAUUGCCUCCUGUUCCAGUUCUGACUCUGAAAUUCAUUGUGGGGCACACCCUUGAUUUUUGUUUCCCCUUUACCUGUUUGCAGUUUAUCAUUAUCAGUGUCUACUAUCUACUGGUAAUAAAGCAUGUUUAUAACCCA